AUGGCGGGAAGAGGACACAAGAAAGGUUACAAUCUCAGGAGUAGCAGCCAACCAGAUUUGAGAGCUUUUGGAAUAACGUCGGAGAAAAAACAAGAAAUGAGCGAAAAUAAAAAAAGUGAUAAGGGAAAUGUAAGCGAUGGUGAAAUAUUUUCAGAUGAUGAAAUCAAUGAACUUGAUAAUACAUUGAUAGAGGUAGUAGCUGAAAUUCAUCAGGAAAAAACAGUAGUGGGAGAAAACAGUAUGGCUGACGAAAGAAAAGAGACAGAAAAAGACGGAGAAAAUGAAGCGACAUCACAAGACAAUGGAGGCAGCAGUGCACCGCCAAAAUCAAGGAGUGAAAAUAACGAACUAAAAGAUGGCGCUAAAAAGCAAGAAUUAAAUGUAGCAAGCGGGCUAAGUGAGAUAACCGAGCAACUGACGAGAACACUGCUGGAAAAAAUAAGUGAAGAAAAUAGAAAAAAAGAAAAUGAGUGGGAAUUAAUGCUCAGCGCAACCCUAAAUGACAUCAAUGACUCCAACAGAACUGGGGUUAAAAUACUACUGCAAAAAAUGAACCAGCUAGAAAAAUGUGACAGAGAAAAAAGAUCACAAUGUAACAACUGUAAACUAGCUAGAGAAAAAGAAGAGAAAAUAAAAAAAGAAGCAGGAGAAGAGAAAAAGAAAUGGGAAAAAGAAAAGGAGGCACUUGUUGAAAGAUAUCUGAAAGCAGAAAGUAGAGUGAGAGAACUAGAAAACGCGAAAUACAGCGCGAGACGUGAUGACACAGGACGCAGAGCAUCAUUGAUACACAACACACAAUACAGAAACGAAGAUUAUGUUAUGGAUGAAUAUACGCAAUACAUGCUAGAUGAUGCCAGAGCACGUAGAGACCAAAAGAGAAGUGUAAGCUGGAGCAGAGCGACAACUAAAACGACAAAGGAUAAUGAAGAAAGGAACAAAAGAGAAAGAGCAAGGAGCGGUCAAGACGGAGCUAAACAACCUAGACCACUCACAGAAAAAGAGAUAGAAGAGGAAAUGAAGAAAAGAGAAAAAAAAAGAAUUUUUCUGGUAAUAAAACAUAAUUGCAAAACCAACACAGAGGCAAUAAAUAUUAUAAAAGAAAAAAUAGGAUACCAGGUGAACGGGAACUCAGUGAAGAAAAGCACGGAGGGUAUGUUAACCCUAAAAAUGAACAGUUUAGCAGAGAAACAAAAAUUGAUGAGUGAAAGAGUCAAGCUAAGAGGUACAGAUGUCUACCUGGACGACGAAUUAACAGAAAGAGAAAUUGAGGUGGCAAAAUGGUUGAGAGAGAUCGAAAAGGAGCAGAGAGAGAAGAAUGUAAUGUGUAAAAAAACAAUCAGGGAAGGAGGUGGACAAAAUAAAGAUAAUGUGAAAAAUAAAGACGUAGUGAAAACAGUAGAAUGUAAAAGAAAAGUGGUCGAAGACGCAGCACAAAGUGAAAUAGUAUACAGUGAAUACAAAGAGGACAAGAAGGAAAAUAAUAAAAAUAAACGCAAAAAUAAAAAUAAAAAUAAAAAUAACAAUAGAAGCAACAAUAAUAGUAAAAAUAAGAACAAUGAAAUGGUGAAUAUCAGAGGAUGCAAAAUGAUGUGCUGGAAUAUUGCGGGGAUGAAGGAGUACAGUGAAUUGAAUGAGUUUAUAAAAAAGUUUGAAAUAGUUUCCCUGAUUGAAACGUGGAUCGAGGACAAAGACAAAAUAAGAGUAACAAACAGGCUGAGCAGUGAAAUGAAGUGGUGGUUCAAAGCAGCAGUGAGAAAAAAAGAAUGCAAGAGAGGAAGAGCAAGUGGAGGACGCAUAUUAGGUGUGAAAAAAGAAAAAGAAGCAGAGUGGAAAGUAGACGAAUGGGAGUACGGAUUUGUGAUAAAAAAUAAACAAAUGAGCGAAGUGGUGAUAACAGUGUACAACAACGUAGGAAUACGAGCAAUAGAAAAGCAAUUUAAAAAAGUAGUGAGAGACAAUGAGGGAACGUAUGAAAAAAUCAUUGUGAUAGGUGACCUGAAUGCCAGAAUUGGUGAAUGUGAAACAAAAGUAGUGAAUCAAGAAUAUAGUAUAAAAAGAAAGUCAAAAGACAAAGUGGUAAAUGCGGAAGGAAAAAAGCUCCUAAAUAUGUGCGAAGAUUUAGGGCUGAGAAUAAUAAACGGUGCCAGUGAAGGAGACAGAAAUGGAGAAGUGACUUUCAUAGGAGGAAAAAGCGAAAAUUGCUGCUCGGUGAUAGAUAUAUGUAUGGUAAUGGACAGAGGGAGUGAAGACUGUAUAAAAAAAUUUGGAGUGAUAAAAAAAACAGACUCAGACCACCUACCAAUAUAUAUUGAAAUAAAAAGAAAAAAUAGUGAUAACAAAGCAACAAAUGGUGAAGAGAAAACGGGCCUAACAAAAAUAAUGGAAGAAAGAAUGAGAUGGAAAAAAGACCAAGCAGCAGAAUACGCGGAGAAUGCGUAUGAGAUAUGGAGUGAAAAAAGGAUGGGCGAAGAAGGUCUAGAAUGGAGCGAGCUAAAAGAAACUAUAUACGAAGCAGCGAGAAGAACAAAGAUGACUGCAAAACCAAAAAAAGGGAAAGCGACAGGAAAACAAAAAAAGGAAUGGUUUAAUGAGAAGUGCAAAAGGUGCAGAAAUACAGUGUGGGACAAACUAAGAAUAAUGCUUAAAGACGCACAAAACAAUGAAAAAAAGAAAGAAUAUAUAGAAGCGAGGAAAGCAUACAGACAAGCAAUAAAAGAAGCAAAAGAAAAUUGGUGGUUAGAGAGAAAGAAAGAAAUAGAUAAAGCGAAGGACAUGAGCAAGUGGUGGGAAGCUGUGAAUAAAUUCAGGUGCAAGAGAACGAAAAAAGAAAUGGGGGAAAAAAUAGAUGGAGACACAUGGGUGAAGCAUUUCUCAAAACUGUUAAACAAAAAUAACAAUAAUACCGAGGUAGACAGUGAAAUAAACAACAUAAGUACAGAAACAAGUUGUGAAAACGACUGUAUGGAUGAAGAAAUAAGCAGAAGAGAAUUCAGAGAGGCAAUAAAAAAACUAGGAAACAAAAAAGCGCCAGGGGAAGACGAAAUUUCGGCUGAAUUUAUAAAGAACCUUCCUCAAGACAGGUGGCCAAAAAUCUGCCUAAGAGAAGAAAUGAGAGGUAUAUUGAACAGGCAGCCAUCAAAGUGGGGAGAAAAAAUAAAAAUGUUAGUGAAGGAGAUGGAAUGUGAAAGAAUUAUAGAACUGAUAUAUAAUAAUGCAGAGAUAGAAGUGAUAGAAGAAGAAAUAAAAAAUGGCUUGGAGGUGUAUAAAAAAAUGAUGGAGAAAAAAGUAGAAGAAAAAAUAAAUAAUUCCACGUACAAUAAUCUAUACAAAAAACUAGUGCUGACAAAUGAAACAGAAAACUACUGGUGUGACAAAGAGUACCUAACCCACGAAACUGCUAAUAAUUUUUUUAAAACAAAGAAAAUGCUCUCAUUUAAACCAUAA